AACCCCUCAACUUUCUAUAUUCUUCUCCCUUUCCCAAAAUUCAACCCACUAUUUCAACUUCAUCGUCUCACUUUCCCCUUCUUCUUCUUCUUCUUCUUCUUCAUCGCUCCUCCAAUUUCUGGAAUCCAUUUCUCCAAUUCCUUUCCAUUUUCUUCAGAUCAAAACAAGCCCGACCGACUUUUUUCUCUCUUGUUCGGUGCGAUGGGUCAGAUUCAGUACUCUGAGAAGUACUUUGAUGAUAUCUAUGAGUAUAGGCAUGUGGUGCUUACUCCUGAAGUGGCGAAACUUCUCCCCAAGAAUCGCCUUCUUUCUGAAAAUGAAUGGAGAGCGAUCGGUGUUCAACAAAGCCGUGGAUGGGUUCAUUAUGCAAUUCAUCGCCCAGAGCCACACAUAAUGUUGUUCAGAAGGCCACUCAACUAUCAACAGCAGCAAGAGAAUCAAGCACAACAGCAGAUUUUGGCCAAGUAAAUUGGUUUAUUGUCCUUUUUUUUCCUUUAGACACACUAUAAUGAGAAAUAUCUCACUACAAAACAAAAAAAAAUUAAGUGUUUGUGGUUUGUUGUGUGGUGUAGUUUCCUUCUCCAAUUUGGAGAAGCUUUGUGGCCCAGUUAGAUCUUUGUCAUAGUCAUUAAUCAAUUCCCCACCAUUGUUCAUGAAUUUGUGGUUUUAAUUUGCUUUUGAUAUAAGCGUGGUUCUUAUCUUCUCUUC